AUGCGUACCCACACGGUCCCUCUACGCCAACAACAACCGCGAGAACUGACCGAUGUAUGGAAAAAGAAACUGCGCAUGCUGCAACGUUACGCAACAUAUCUGGGGGAGUUACAAAGCCCAACUGGCGAUGAAGCCGAGAAUCUUAAGAUCCUGGACAAUGUGAUGAUGGUGGAUAUUGCAAAGCUGGCUCCGUUGGUCGAGACGCAAAAUGAGGAGGAAGCGUGGCUCACGACUUGGACGCGUCUAAAGAGUUUUAGAACGUUUGUUCAUACGCAUGUGAAGAAGAAUAUGGACGGUUGGGCAGAUGCGGCCAAGAUUGUGGCAACCACCCUCCGAAGGCUCCCCCGCGGCGCCAAAAGCGUCAAUGGUGAAAAGGUCGCCACGAUAAAAACACAGCAGUGGAACUCAUCCAACGACCUCAACAUGCCACAACCUCUUUUUUCCAACCGUCAACGCGCAUCAUCUUCAAUACCGCUCACAUGCGACGGCUGCAGGUCCGACGGUCACGAGAUCCUCGACCGCCCUGUGACAUCUUGUCAGUUGUGUUUCACGCCUGGUCACAGUAGUGCUGGUUGUCCCAGGUGGACAAGAAACACUGAUGGGUUUGACUUUGGUGGCAACAACGCCGUGUGUGAACCGGCUGAGGGGACUUUUACGCUUCCUUUUCGGAGGAGUCCUGCGAGUGUGGCUGGCGAGACUGUCAUGGCGCGAAACCGGAUACCUGGUGUUUCUUUAUUUUCAGAGAUGGGCUCUGAGGAUGAUGCUGGUGUUGAUGCUAUGUAUGCCAGUUCUGCAUAUAUAUAUACGUUCUUGUCGUUGAGUAACGCCGGUGUUGCUGGUAGUUCAGGAGUCCCUGAACUAAAUAAAACGAGGGCACUCAGGUAG